GCGGUACGAACCUCAUCCUGAACAUCACAAUGGGUGGCGGAGCUAGAUAUCCCUAUCCAAAAGAAGUCUGGUCACCAGCAGGUGGCUGGUGGACCCGCCCCUCGAACUGGAAGUCCAACACUGCUAUCCUUUUUGGCGGAAUCCUCGCCGUGACAUACGGUGUCUGGACUCUAAGCGCAGACAAAGAGUGGCGGUAUGUCCAGCCAGUGCGACCAAUCCCCUCUAUGAAGUGGGCGAAGCAAUACCGCGAUGCGGAGGCAGCGAAGGAAGAGUCAUAGAAGCACCUUACCCUUUGUCCAUUCCCGUCGUCAAAUCUACGCACUGACUCUCCAUC